ACCAAGCAAAAUCCUGCCUUCUCUUGCCAACAGCAAAUGCCACUUACAAGAAGGAUGAAGAGGCUUCUGGAAGCCGAAGAAGGACAGAAUGAUAUAGACUCCCAUGAAAACCGAGUAGUGAAGAGAACAAGAAAGAAUAGAAAUAAGAUUGAUUACAAUCAUUCAGUAACUGUUGAAAGGAAGAUCAAAAAGAUCAAUAAACGCCGAAACGCUCAUACCACUUACUCUAAUACAAAGCGACUAAGCACCGGACCUGAAACAAUGCAAGAAGUAAUACCCUCAUUGUGUCAGCUCGAUCGACUUCCAGCCGAGAUUAUAUUCGAAAUAAUGACUUAUCUGACACCAACCACAUUUCUUCAUCUUGCUUACUUAUGUCGUCGACUUUAUCAAGUUGUUUGUGAUGCACCUAUUUGGGAGACAAUUUGGCGCACGGCAGGCUUGAAGAAACCGGGACGGAAAUGGAAAUCGUAUCGUGAAGUGGUUCUUACCGAAGCUGGGUCUAUCUGUGAGCGAUGUUACCGAAAAUCUAAAACUUUUGGCUCUAAUUCUCCUAUAAAAAUCAUGGACACUGAUGAUGACCUUAUGAUCUCCCUUUGCUGCCGAUGCCGCUGUGACUAUUAUGGUCAACACCCCGAACCGUAUAAGGAAGAACAAGCUGAAGGACCUACGCAGACAGAAAGAAGUGUUAGGAUUACCAAAAUGCGAGCCAAAUCUGAGUACAGGCUAACAGAUGAUGAACUCGAAGGUAUCUCUGUAAAUUACGCCCGAAAUCCACACUAUCGCAGCGCCGCUCCAAUGUGCUUAUACGAUAAGAAAGAAAUCAUCCAAAUGGCUAGAAUAGUCCAUGGAGGUGAUAUUGGUAUUGAAGCAGCUCGAGAGGCGACUAUUAAAAAAGGCAAUGCAAUGAUUGAAUCUCGACGCCGAAACAAGGAAACCAGAAAAACUCGUUUGGAAGAGCGACUCGCUGAAGCAAAUUUGACGAACAUGGUUAACCACUAUGCGUGCAGGCAAUAUAUUGAGUCAUCGAAAGGAGGGGACUUGGAAUCAAUCGUUAUCAUACUUCAAGCUGAAGCCGAAAGGCUACGACUGAUCCAGAAUCGAAAAGCGGAAUUGGAUGCGGAAAUAGCUACUUCUGGGAUUCAAAAUGUACCACCACUUUGUCUGAUUGGAUAUCACGGAUAUGUUAACAGCGGAAUUGGUUCAGUCGUAGGAGUCCUCUCAGAAGCAAGAAAGCAAGAAGUAUUAGCAAAAAAGCAACAAGAAGUGACAAGAACUAAGAAUGUCCGAAGACAAGAACUCAUUGGCAAACUGACGGCUGCUGGAUUAACUCUACGCUCCGAUUCAAAAUUGUGUCAACAAUAUAUCGAUUCUGCUACUGGAGAUGCGGAUAGCAUUGUUGUUACCAUGAAGGAAAUGGACUGGUUCUUUCGAUGCACCACUUAUGCAACAAGUCGAAAGUUUCAUUACUAUUCAUACGGAGAGAGCGACUAUGAUACUGAUGACGACGAUUACGGCUAUCGUAGAGACUGGUGGCAGAAUGACCGUGGUUGGGAUCAACCUCGCAAGCAAUAUCAUAUCAACAGUGAAAGAGGAAAGGACACGGCUCUGGAAACAUGGAUAACAAGCAGAAUGAACAAAAGAUUAUAUCAGAGAAUUGACCAAGAUCCAGACGACCAAUUUCGACCACCGAGCUCCCUUUGGCCCGCUAUCAAUGAAAAAUGGCAAAGCGCUAUUAGACGUCGUGCUUUACAAGAACUGACUUCUCAUUACCGCAAGUAUUAUCAAAACUUGGUAAAUACGUCAGACGCGAGGGAAAUAUCAGUCUCUGAGCGUCAAGUAAUUGACUGGCUGGAUGAACCCGAAGCAGUAGUUGGUUCGAGGCUUUCUAGUGCGCUGAGACUUAUUAUGGGAGAAAAUUGGCAUCGAGAAUUGAUUGACAUAAUAAGCAUACUCUGACAACAGCGUAUAUAAGAGAUGAUACUAAACAUUGAAAUGCCUAAUUCAUAUGAUUAUAGCAGUACCCUACGUAAUUUGAAUAAACUUGCGCAGGAAGCAAUUUAUCCACC